AUGCUCUGGGGGAGCGUCCUCCCUCUGCUGAUGCUCGGCCUGGCCGUGAUGGUGGCUCGGCCUCUGCGGCCCCCCGGCGGCCCCCCACAGCCUCGACCUGGACCUUCUGAAGCAGACCGGCAGUUUGCAGAGGAAUACCUGCGCCACUUCUACGGCUUCCAGCCGGAGAGACGGAGGAGAGCCGCGGAGUCGGACGAGGACCAGAACAGCAGACUGUGCGAUCAGCUGAAGAGGAUGCAGCGUUUCUUCGGUCUGCCUCCGAGCGGCGAGCUGACCAACGAGACGGUGGCGGUCAUGAGGAGGCCGCGCUGCGGGCUGUCGGACGCAGAGCCGUUCGGAGACACGAUGCGCUGGAAGACGAGCACGCUCAGCUACAGGAUCGUUGGCAGGAAACUCCCAAUCUCAGCCUGGAAGGUUCGUAAACUCUUCAAGGCGGCCUGGGAGGUCUGGUCCAACGUUGCUCUGAUGAAACUUCGCAAGCGGAGAAGAAGAGAAGCCGACAUCGUCAUUUCCUUCCACAGCGGCGAUCAUGAGGAUGGCUCUCCUUUCGAUGGCAGCGGCGGCAUCCUUGCUCACGCCUUCCUGCCCGGCUCUGGGAUCGGGGGAGACGUGCACUUUGACGCAGAAGAAGACUGGAGUUUUAAUUCCACCGGUUACAGUCUGUUCGUGGUGGCGGUGCAUGAAUUCGGCCACGCACUGGGUCUGCCCCACUCUCCGGACCCUGGAGCCGUCAUGUACCCGGCGUAUAACUUUGCCCCCGAUUACGAACUGCAGCUCUCAUUUCGGGAUGUCAAAGACAUCCAGCACCUUUACGGUAUAAGUCCCAAUUUUGCCAAGCUGGUCCUGAAAAAUCCUCCUCCGCGAACGCCUGACAAAUGUGAUCCGGACUUGUCUUUUGACGCUGUGACAGAAUUACAGCAGGAGCUGCUUUUCUUCAAGGACAGAUUCAUGUGGCGCAAACAUCCCCAGUUUGACGAAACGGGAAUCACCCUGAUCAGCAGCCUGUGGCCGGACGUCGUGCCGUCACACCUGGACGCGGCGUAUGAGAACGUGGAGAAGUACGUGAACGUGUUUUUCAAAGGGGAUCAGUACUGGGUACUGAGGCAGUUAUCACUCCAGGAAGGCUUUCCUAGGAACAUCUCCGCCCUGGGAUUCCCCUCCAGAAUCAAAGCUGUAGACGCUGCGCUUCACUUCAGAGAAGAUCGCUGCACCAUGUUCUUCACUGGGAACGAGUGUUGGAGGUACAAUGAGCAGCAGGAGGCGAUGGAGGGAGCAGCCACGCUCAUCGGAGAGCAGUUUCCUGGAAUCCCAACGCCGAUAGACGCAGCUGUCUUCCACCAGGGAUUCGUGUAUUUCUUCAAGGGAAACGUCCUGUACAAAUACAACAUGGAGUCAAAAAGUGUGGCGUCGAUGAGUCCCACCAACGAGCUGCUGGACUGCCAGAAGGAGAGCGACUAAUAAACAAUCCCGGAGAAGGGAUCGUUGGAGGAGUUCCAGCCAGUGUGUGUAAACAAAAACUCUGACGAAGCACUUCUGCAGCAAUAACCACAAAGUGUCUGAAUCAGAACGGGGGAACUGAUGAUUAAUAUCAGGAAGUUGUAAAAAGCGUCCAAUGCGAUGUUGUAACAAUGGCAUUUAUGCCUUGGAUCAAAGUGCAGUUUCAUGUUUUGUUUUGUUUUUUAUAGAUGAAAAAGGUUUGUUUUAUAUAAGAAUUUUUUUUUAAGAAAUAAAGAAUUUA